UAUAUUUGACGGUAACACAUAUGGCUGUGCGUGGCUCCACCAUUGGAAAGAAUAAAUACAGCAAGCUAACCUUGGGGGUUUAUAAUUAUAACGCUUCCUUGGCCCCCUUCGUCUCCAUCUUCUUUUUUUUUUUUCUCUCUCCCUUCUCUCUCUCUACAAAUCUGGGGCUCCCAGUAUAGCUUAGGUUGAUUUAAUUAUGGUUAACCUCUCACAGUAAUCCGGGUGAGAGGUGGGAAGCCAAAGUGGGAGAAGCAAAAAUAUUCUCAGGGCAGGUAAGGUAAGCGAAGGCGAGAAGAGAAGAGACGAGAAGAGAAGAGAGAGAAGGGGGGAUGAGCGCGGCGGCGGAGGAGGCGGCUGCGGCGGCGGCGGCGGAGGAGGUGGAGGGGGUGGAGGCGGGGAAGAAGGGCGUGGCGGAUGCGAAGGGGAAGGGGAAGGAGAAGGUGGUGGUGGCGGAGGAGGAUUCUGCGGUGGCGGCGGGCUCCGGGGGAAGCGGAGGCGGGAGGAGGACGUUGGUGGCGUACCCGGCGCGGGUUGCGGGGUACAAGGACGUGGUGGCGGACGCGGCGGUCUUCAGGAGGGCGCUCGAGGGGUUGCACGCCCAGAUGGGGACAAAGCUCAAGGUGCCAAUUAUUGGUGGAAAAGACCUUGAUCUUCAUCAGCUGUUUAAGGAGGUCACUUCACGAGGUGGCAUUGAUAAGGUGAAGUCCGAUAAUAGAUGGAGGGAAGUAACAGCAUCAUUUAUUUUCCCUGCUACUGCGACAAAUGCUUCUUUUAUGUUGAAGAAAUACUACAUGUCACUAUUAUACCAUUUUGAGAGGCUAUACUUGUUUGAGGCACAAGGCUGGUAUCAAGAAACUGAUUCCAGAAGCAUUUCCUGUAUAGAAAUGAAAGCUGAAGGUCAAGCUUCCCGGAAAAGGAAAAGAGGAAGCAAUUCUUGUUCUUCAGACCUAGCUGCUUCUUUGGAUAAUGAUGUACAAGUGAUAAUUGAUGGUAAGUUUGAACAUGGCUACAUAGUUACCGUUAUCAUGGGCUCAAAAUCAACGAAAGCGGUACUCUAUAAUUGCACCGAAGAACCUGCAGUGCCAACUGCGGUGCCUCAUGUUGCAAUUGACAGCGCUGAGGGCAUACGUCCUCGCCGCCGCCGCCGUAGGAAGAAGUUAAGUACAACAGACCCCAACCAUCCUAAACCAAACAGGAGCGGCUACAAUUUCUUCUUCCAAGAUCAGCACAGGAAGCUCAAGCCAGAAUAUCCUGGACAAGACAGGCUUAUCAGCAAGAUGAUUGGUGAACGAUGGAACAAUUUAGGCCCUGAAGAUAAAGCAGUAUAUCAAGAAAAAGGUGUAGAGGACAAGGCAAGGUACCAGAGACAGUUAGCUCUUUACAGAGAACAGAGAACAGGCCAGCCAAUCAGCAACGCGGUGCCUAUCCAGCAGAGACUUCCUCAGAAAGAAGUGACGAUUGAUGAGGUGGACUCUAAAGUCAGUGAAGGUGAUAUCCUGCUGUCCAACCAAGGAUACAGCAGCAGUACCAGUAGCAGUGAUGAAACCGCUGAUUCGGGAGAAAAAAAUGUGGAAGAUGAUGAAGAGUUUAACACAGAGACAUCUCCUGAGCCGAGCAUGGAAACAACAGAUUCUCAUGGACAGCCUGAUCCUUCUGCUGAUGGGGAGCGCUUUGAACUGCGCCGCAGGGAGAACCCUAAGAUUGAUGAGAAACGUGACAUGCCACCUAAUUAACGCUUGUGCCGAGUUGAAGGGAAAAUUUCUGAAGGAUUUUUGUUGUAGGAUCAGAUUGCUGUUUUGUUUCACUUUACCUUUGCAUCGUCUCUAGAGACUGAUGCGCUAUGCUAGCGCAUUGAAUAUCUUCUUUUUUUAUACUGUUAGCAAUUUGAAUUGCUCUUUCUUAGGUGAAGUGAUCACGGGUCACUUCCGGGCAUCCUUGAUGUCCGAUAAAUUAGAGAAAUGAUAUUAUUUUAUUAUUCACUGUCGUCAUAGGAGUACUGAGUACACCAGUUUGUUGCUCACAUUAGAACCCAUUACAACUGUAAAGACUGGAGUAAUAUUUUUAAUAGUUGGUAGAAUUGGUUAUAUGGCAUCGAAAGUUGGUUA